AUGAAAGACUUGGCUGAACAGUUUAUAUGUGGGUCAAAUGACGACAAACAGCUACUCCAGGCCACAGAACAGUUUCGCAAAUCUUUAUUUAAAGUUCGUUCCCCAGAUCCAGUGAGGGAGGAAGUAAUACGUGGAGUUGUCCCUCGACUGUUAGAGCUUCUUAAUAGAGAUGGUUACCCGCAGCUUCAGAGAGAGGCAGCAUUGGUUAUAUCAACUAUUUCAUUCGGUCACAUCAACAUUCUGAUUGAUCAUGGCGCAAUUCCCAUUUUUUUGAGCCUUCUUAGAUCUCCCGAUGACGAUCUUUGCUCAAAGGUAGGUGUUGUGUUGUGA